UCUCUAUAUCUCCGUCAUCCAUCUAUCCUUUGAUAUCUAAUUCCAAAAAGAUAACAGCAGAAGGCCCCAUUCUACUCAGCACUCAGCAGUCAUCAUCAACCAACUAUCCUUCUAUGCACUUUCUAUCUUUACAAAAAGCUGAAACUAACAUUAAUUCUAUGACGUGAAAUUUUAAAAUUCUCCUACACUUCAGAUCUUUGCUUAAACAAACACACCCCUCUUCCUUUAAUCAUAAAAAGAUAACCAUCAUUCACGUUUUUUUCCCCCUCACCAACAUUUCAGUUAUUAUUUUCACUACACUUCCUUAAAUUAAAGCAAAAAAAACACUUUCUUUUUGGUGUGACACUAUAUUUUAUCUUCAAAAAAAAAAAAAAAAAAAAAAAUUCUAUCUUUACACUUGCAUUUAUUGCUUCAACUUUCAAGGACUUUAUUACUAGUAUAAGAAGAGGUGUGACUUGCAUUUUUCCUCAAGAAAGUAGAAUUAAUUUGGCUUUUCCAUUUUUUGUUGGAGGAGAGUAAAAAUGGGGAGUAGGGUUUUUUGUUGUGGUGGUUUGUGGUUGUUGUUGGUGGUUUUAAUGGUGGUAAAUGGUUGUGGUAAAACAGUAAAUGGGUAUCCAAUGGAGGACCUUGUGGUAAAUUUACCUGGGCAACCAAAAGUUGGGUUUAAACAAUUUGCUGGGUACAUUGAUGUAGAUGUUAAAGCUGGAAGAAGCUUGUUUUACUAUUUUGUUGAAGCAAAAAAUGACCCUCAUUCUAAACCCCUUACUCUUUGGCUCAAUGGAGGACCUGGUUGCUCUUCCAUGGGUGGUGGUGCAUUUACUGAAUUGGGACCAUUCUUCCCCAGUGGUGAUGGUAGAGGCCUAAGGAGAAAUUCAAUGUCUUGGAAUAAAGCAUCGAAUCUCCUCUUCGUCGAGUCCCCUGCUGGAGUGGGAUGGUCGUAUUCGAACACAUCGUCUGAUUACAAUACAGGAGAUGCAGCCUCUGCUAAGGAUAUGCUCACAUUUUUGGUGAAUUGGUUUGAGAAGUUUCCUGAAUUCAAAUCUAGGGAUCUGUUUCUUACUGGAGAGAGCUAUGCAGGGCACUACAUACCACAACUUGCGGUUGCUGUGUUAGAUCAUAAUGCUCAUUCUAGGGCUUCCAAGAUGAAGUUGAAAGGAGUUGCUAUUGGGAAUCCACUUCUCAAACUUGAUAGGGAUGUUCCAGCAACAUAUGAGUACUUUUGGUCACACGGAAUGAUAUCUGAUGAAAUUGGCCUUAGCAUCAUGAAUCAAUGUGAUUUUGAAGACUAUACAUUUGCAAGUCCUCAUAACGAAUCCGAUUCUUGCAACAAUGCAAUCUCACAAGCAAACAGCAUAGUUGGCGACUAUAUAAAUAACUAUGAUGUCAUCCUCGAUGUGUGUUAUCCAUCUAUUGUGGAGCAAGAAUUGCGGUUGAAAAAAAUGGCUACUAAAAUGAGUUUGGGAGUUGAUGUUUGUAUGACUUAUGAAAGGAGAUUCUAUUUCAAUCUUCCUGAAGUACAGAAAGCACUCCAUGCAAAUCGGACUAAUCUGCCUUAUGAAUGGUCUAUGUGCAGCAGCAUUCUGAAUUACAGUGAUAAUGAUGGUAGCUUGGAUAUGCUCCCUCUCCUUAAAAAGAUACUUUCGCAUCAUAUCCCUAUUUGGGUUUUCAGUGGAGACCAAGAUUCCGUCGUACCACUGCUUGGCUCACGUACCCUUGUUCGUGAGCUUGCUCAUGACCUCAAAUUCAAGGCCACUGUCCCCUAUGGAGCUUGGUUCCACAAAGGACAGGUUGGAGGCUGGGCAACCGAAUAUGGAAACUUACUGACGUUUGCUACUGUGAGGGGUGCUGCACAUAUGGUACCUUACACACAGCCAUCAAGGGCUUUGCAUCUCUUCAGUUCGUUUAUUCGAGGGCGAAGGUUGCCGAGCACAACUAAAUCAUCCAUGGGUGACUAACUACACUAGAAACUGGUUCAUUUCUGCGUGUUCAAGAAUUGCCGCCUGCAAAACUGUAAUAAAGAGGAUAGUUUUAGAUGAUUAGUGGUGAAAGGAUAGAACUUAGGAUAAUGAGAAUUUUCAACAAUUUUAUCCUCAAGAAUUGAGGGCAUAGAUAUCAUCUGUCAUUUGAGUGUUGGAAUCAGGUUCAAAGGAACCAGAUUCUUGUAAUCGAGGAUUGCAAGUUAUAAAAAGUUUGACUAUUGUUCUGCA